UGGGGAGUGGUCAACGAGCUUUCUUCUUCCGACUUGUCGUGAGUUUCUGUAGUUAGCUCUUUUCUUUCGGUUCCUAUUGUUCGGGAAAAUGGUGAAGUACGUUGAGUCAAAGAGUGACUUUAAGGCGGAACAGGAGGCAGCCGGGAGUAAGCUGGUUGUGGUAGAUUUCACCGCGACAUGGUGUGGCCCCUGCCAACACAUAGCUCCUGUAUUUGAGAAACUGGCAGACCAGUACAAAGAUGUUUGUGUUUUCCUGAAGGUGGAUGUUGAUGAAGCUACAGAACUAAGUGAAGAAUGUGGAAUUAGGAGCAUGCCAACAUUCCAGUUCUACAAAAAUGGCAAAAUGGUUACACAGUUUUCAGGUGCUAAUGCUGACAAACUCAAGGAAACCAUAGAAGCGCACAAGUAAAUACAUUCCUGAAUUGAGUUACAUUGUCUGUAUAAAAGAAUUGACAUAUGAAAAUCUGUCAAGUAUCCAGUAUGCAACUUGCAUCAAUAUAAACAUGAAAUAUAAA